AUGAUAUGUGUGUGUAUAAAAUAUAACCCUUAUCUUAAAGGAGGGCUCUUCCGGAAGUAUCUAGGCUGUAUGUAUUUAUAUACUUUUCGUGCUGCAGACACUUUGGCUUUAGGAAUUGUGAAAGUAGCGGUAUUUUUUGGCAACCGGCUCUCUGCUGUGCCCCUUCGGCCGGGCGAGGGGGGGGCAGGAGCCGAGCACGGUGAGGUGAAGGCGCAGUCCAUGGCAGGGAGGCAGGGCGCCGGGGGCUCACGUGACACCCUGCCUUGCAUACCGAUGUUUAAACGUUUUAGGGGGAGGGCGGAGUUCCUGCACAUUCCUACCUCACCGGAGAACCUGCCCUCAACUCCACUUCAGCUACUCCAGAGAGAUGGGACCCUCCAGAAGAAACCUGCCCAGCAAUCCUUCCCGCCAGAAGGGCAGACCCAUGUGAUACGAAUGAAUAGAGAUGACAGAUUUCUGUCUAAACGUACAGUUUCCCCGUGGCCCCCGAUAAGCAGGUCGCCCGUGCAACCGAAGCACAGUUUCAAAGCACCGGUUACACCAAAACUGCGUUUGCCUAAUGUCAGGAUUUUCGCUCUCUCUCUUCUUUUUUUUUCUUUUCGGUCUCUUCCCCAAAGUGUUUCCUCCCCCGGCCUUCCCCCUCCCCCUCGGGCUCUUUCGUUUCAGUCGAUGCCAGGAGAAACUGCCUCUACCUGCAAGAAAGGCGCACGAUGGCACUUGGGGAUAGGAGUCCUCCGACGGCACCGGAUCACUGGAGGCAAACAUCGAAUUAAUUGGAUCUCAAUGACUGAGCCUGACAUCGGAAUAGCCAUGUCUGUUUCCUGUACAACUAGAGGGCCUUCCUUGCACUAUUUUGUAAACUCAAAUACCACUCUUCUAAGCCCAGUGAUUAUUUUUUCAAGGUAUCUGCGGAGGAAGAAGGUGACGUGACGAGAAAAGCCUGACAGCCAAAGUGGGAACUGUCCGGGAGAAGGAUCCGUGAUGAAUGAGGUCUGCGAAGUCAUGAUGCACAAGCAGCCCAGGACAGUGUGCUGUUAUCAAAUGCCGGUUUUUGUUCUCUAGAACCAUAAAGAAAAGUG